AUGCCCGGCAAGACACCCCAUAGCAACGGUAAUGAGCCCGUCGAGAACGGUAUCAGGAACGAGACCCGUCAAAUCGUCAGCGCCCCCGAUAAGGAUGGCGAUGUGGCGAUGGGUGACGAGGCUGACAAGGACGCCGAGGGCGAGGUCAAGGUCGACCCCGUAGUACAAACAUCUACAGACAUCAAGAACAACUUCGCUCUACUGGAGCGCGCCGUCGUUCAGUUUGAUGCCAGGUUCACCCUCCGAGCUCUCCGAUCCAUCUCCUUGAUCCGCAAACGCCUUACAUCUGAUAUCAUCGCCAAGGUCAUUGUCGAGACCUUCCCUGCUACUGUAGCGUCUGGAAAUGUUGCCAAGGCCCUUCUUUCUGCCAUCGAUCGCCAGGAUCUUCCCCUUGGCCGACCUUUCAAUGCCGAGGAGGAAUCUGAGCCUACCAAGGCCACGAAAAACGGCGCAAAGAAGGAGCUGAAGGAGGUCAUUCCUGAGAUUGAUAUUUUCCUCGGCAUCCUCAUCCAAGUUUCGCUCUUUGACUCUAAGCAGUUCAAGCGUGGAGCUGAGUUCUCAAAGCACCUUUCCGACAGGAUCCAGAAGCUUAACCGCCGCACCUUGGACUCGCUGUCUGCCAAGUCGCCCAUUGUUGCUCUCCGCCCAACUCUUCUCGCUGCCCUCCGAACGGCUGUUUUGCGCAAGGAUAUCGAUACCCAGGCCUCAGUCAUCGUGCUCCUUCUUCGAAACUACCUCCUGACCUCGCAUAUCUCCCAGGCUGACCUUCUCGUCUCCCAUACCCAAUUCCCCGAAAACGCCGCCAAUAACCAGGUUGCCCGCUUCCUUUACUAUCUUGGCCGCAUUCGCGCUAUUCAACUACGCUAUGGCGAGGCCCACACGCACCUCACUGCCGCUACGCGAAAGGCCCCCUCGAGCGCCUGCGCCGUUGGUUUCUCGCAAACUGCAACGAAACUCCUUCUCGUCGUCGAAUUGCUUAUGGGUGAUAUUCCGGACCGCGCUACUUUCCGUCAGCCCACUCUAGAGGUCGCGCUCCAGCCCUACUUCCGCCUUGUGCAAGCUGUCAGGGUUGGAAACCUCGAAGACUUCGAGACCAUUAUUGCCGAUCACGCCGAUAUUUUCCGCCGCGAUGGAACAUAUACCCUUAUCCUCCGCCUAAGGCAAAACGUCAUCAAGACGGGCAUUCGCAUGAUGUCGCUGUCUUAUUCGCGAAUUUCUCUCCGCGAUAUUUGCAUCCGACUUCAUCUCGGAAGCGAAGAGUCUGCGGAGUAUAUUGUUGCCAAGGCCAUCAGGGAUGGUGUUAUCGAGGCUACCCUGGAUCGCGAGAGGGGCUUCAUGAAGAGCAAGGAGGUGGGCGACGUUUAUGCCACCCGUGAGCCCGGCGAAGCCUUCCACGAGCGCAUCCGGGUGUGCUUAUCUCUUCACGAUGAAAGUGUCAAGGCUAUGCGAUUCCCCAUGAACCAGCACCGACUGGAGCUCAAGAAUGCUCAGGAAGCGCGAGAGCGAGAGCGAGAGAUGGCGAACGAGAUACAGGAUGGGGACUUGGACGAGGACGAUCUCGGCGGCGACUUCGAGGGAAUGUAA